CGACUGCACCUUACCCUCACUCGACACACUCCUACUACUCAUCUACCAUCCAUGUGCACCUCCUCAGCCUCCGGCGUCUGCAAGUCAGCCACUUUCUCGCGAGGGUCGAAGUCAGUGACGACAACCACCAACCUUCCCGUUGCGGGAAUGGGCAGCAACGGUCCGCAGUGCGCCCAUUGUGGCUGGCGCGGUGGAGGACACGCGUGCGUCAUACUCUUUGUUUGGACGCUGCCGGCCGCUGACGCUCCGUGUAGCCCGAACUGCCCUUUCAGAUAAGCAACCCAACACAAACGACAGUCGCUGUCUCGCGGCUUCCGAGAUUCAGUCAGUCCGAAUGUACCAUACUCAUACGCUCUCCUCUCUGUAAUUGCCGAACGUUUCUGUCUCGCACUGUACACGACCCACGUUUUUGAAUAUGAAACUCUUUGCAUCAGUUUUUGUUGUGCUUUCUACGGUGUAGGAAUCCAAGUCUAUCUUCGUCUCGUGCCGCGCCAGCACAGCUGGACCUGAUUUGCGCCCGCAAUGUGGCAUGCUUUCUCGCGUUGCGUGUCAGCGUUUGGCAUUUGGAAGUGCCAAGUGCUGACCGUGCCAAACGUAUGUAUCGAGAGUUCUAUUCACGGAUGCAGCCCGCAAUCUGAUACAUGGGAAAUCAAGAUUCUG